AUCCACCAUUUUCAAUUUCUCAAAUUAACAAAUCGAAUACAAUGGCAAACAGUCUCCUCUCCACUUCCACAGCCGCCACCACCUUCAUAAUCGUCCUCCUCUCCCUCUUCCUCGCCGGAAAAUCCCAAACUUUCUCAACCAGCUUGCCUCGAACAGCGCUGCCACGUGGGAAGCAAAACCUAACCCACCUCCAUUUUUUCUUUCACGACGUGGUUGGUGGCCCAAAUGCAACCGCCAUUCGGGUGGCUGCUGCCCCUAUUACCAACACUUCCGCCACCGGAUUUGGGGCGGUGAUCAUGAUGGACAACCUCUUGACGGUGGGGCCAGAACCUAACUCUACUCGUGUGGGAAGAGCUCAAGGGAUGUAUGCGUCUGCGGAUUUGAAUGACAUGAGCUUUAUGAUGGUUCAGAACUAUGUGUUUGAUGAAGAAAGGUAUAAUGGAAGCACUUUGAGUAUAUUGGGCCGGAACCCUAUUUUGUCGCCGUUGAGAGAGUUUCCGGUGGUUGGAGGGAGUGGUGUUUUCCGAUUUGCUCGUGGGUAUGCUGAAGCGCAGACUUAUUUUCUGAAUGCUACCAAUGGAGAUGCCAUUGUCGAGUACAAUGUUUAUGUCCUCCAUUAUUGAUAUUAGCUUUUCAUUCUUUGCUUAUUUAUGUUCUUAUUUCUGGGUUUCCACUUCACGAUAAUUCUUUAAUUAUUUAUAAGUAUACAUUUGUUUAUUUGUUUAUGCAGAAUUACUUAUCCGUAUUUAAAUUUAAGAAAUCUGGU